AGACCAUGGUGGCGUCUGGCAUCAUACGUGUAGGUCGUCAAGGCAGACCUGUUCUGGUAGCCGCCCAGGAGCAGACCCAAACCGAGCAGCAGCACAGAUAUUCAGUCCUCCGCUGGCGGGCGACGUUGGUGGUUGAGUGAGUGUUUGACUCCAGCGCGCUUUUCAAAACACCGUCGAUAUGAUGAAGGUACUUGGCUUCUUCCUCGUGGUUCUGACGGUCGCAAAGGCUCAAAUUAUCUUCCCCAAUGAAGAAGGUGCUCCUAAUCCUGAUCCUGUCGACACUGAACUCUUUGAGGCCCUGGAGGUGGACGACCGGCAGGCUUUCUCUUCCUGCCGGACGCCCAAUGGGGAAAUAGGCAGGUGUCAGUCAUUCUCAUCCUGCGGUGCAUACAGCUCGCUGAGACGAAAUCUGCAUAGGCCGUCCGUCCUAAACUUCUUGAGAGGCCGCAUAUGCGGACGCCUGAGACACACAGUGCACCUUUGCUGUCCAGCCUCCAAUAUCCAACUGCCACCUUCGGAGCCCUCUGGCCCCUCCCGCCCAUCAUCCAGUUCUCUACCAGAGGAGUGUGGCAGCACGCCGCUGGUUAUCAGAGUCGUUGGAGGACAGGCAACAGAGCCCGGAGAGUGGCCCUGGUUGGCUGCUCUCGGUACCCGCGUGGGAAACACCUUCACUUCGGGAUGCGCAGGCACACUCAUCACGCGACGACACGUCCUCACUGCCGGCCACUGCUUCGAACCCGGCCAGCCCCACCCGACAAUGGUGCGUCUUGGGGCAUACAGCCUGACGAGGAGUAGCACUUCGAUAGCUCCCCAGGACUUCAAUAUCAGGGACCGCCGUGAUGGAGGCUACGUCACCAGAACCAAAGAAAACGACAUCUCCAUCGUUAUUUUGGACCGCGAAGCUGUGUUUAAUGACUAUGUCCAGCCAGCGUGUUUGCCUUUCAACUACAGGAAUAGAGAUUUUCGAGAGGAGAAACUUGUCGUCACCGGCUGGGGAAGGACUCGCGCUCAUAGCUUCCGGACCUCCGAUGUCCCGAUGAAGGCCGUGGUUCCAGUGACAGACACAAACAGAUGUGCCUUGAGCUACACCAGACUGGCAGCGAACAAGCGACCCGUGAUAGACAACAGGUCUCUGUGUGCUGGGAACGGCACUACGGAUGCCUGUCUUGGUGACAGCGGCGGGCCCCUUCACUACCUCGACCUGAACGACGGCAAGUACUACGUGGUGGGCGUGGUGUCCUUUGGCGUGGGCUGCGCUAAUUCAGACUUCCCCGGGGUGUACACGAGAGUCACCAGCUUCCUGGACUGGAUCGAGAGAAAUGUAUAACGGUUGCCAAGAUACGAUACCGUGUAAUGUUUGUUCGUUCGGUGGUAUGAAAGUGAUUGUCGUACGUUUUUUUUUUUGUUUCCAUAUAUGUAUUAAAUGUCAGCGUGCAAGGUUAUUGUUAUGACAACAUUAAAUAUCUAACAAAGUAA